AUGCCGCCGCGGCUGCGCAACGCUCAAAAGCGCCCCCUAUCGGCGGACGACAUCGACGUCGACAACGACAGCAACGCAUCCGACGGCUCAUCAAGUGAGUGGCAGCCGUCGCCAAGCCCGCCUCGUGUGGAGAUGACAGGGACCACAAGUAGCGCAAGCGAGGAGUCCGGUCAAAUUUGCGUCAUCGCCCCGCCGCCGGGAGAGACGCAGUUUCGCUCGUGGGAAGAGCUCGAAAUUUACCUAGCGAAGUACCAAGCCCAGUCGUUUCAAAUCUUCCGGGUGCGGACCAACACCUCUGUCGCCGUGCGCAAUGGCAGGAUAGAUGCCCAAGGCUCUUCAGCGUCCAAGCACUCCGCCGAGUGGGAGAAUUACGCAAAAACCUACGUUUGUACGCAUUAUGGAGACUCGGGCCUCGGGAUGCUCUGCCCAGAAGGCGAGCCCACAUACAAAGAAUCCGCCGCGAUUCUAUCGCGCUUCAAGCUUUUUGAGUUCAGCAAAAAACCCAGAGCCCCAGUUGCCCACAACAAGUUAAGCCUACCUCCCGCGAAAAACAUCACCCCUGUGCGAUCCAUCACGCGAAUUUUCCCAAAAGACCUCAUUGAGAGGUGCAACGCCAAAGUUUCGACACUUCAAAAAAAGCACAGAGAUUCAUCUGACCAGAAUCUAGCCGAGCAAGACAUUGCGGUGGAACUAAUUGGCAUUGGCACGUAUGCCACAGAGACUUUGGGUGUGAUGAAAAAGUGGCACAGAGCAAUGAAGAGCAUACAGUAUGUGGAUAAAGUUAUUAGCUGGAUUGAAACGAUUGAUUUCACGCUACCGAUGCCCCAAGCCUUUCGCGCUGAAUCAGAUCCUGAUAUGAUACCUAAACUGAAGACGAUCCCACUUCUGUCGGUGCAGGCAGAAGCGCUGGAACUUGUGGGCAAGUCACCACUGGGCGACGGCACCGUUAAUACGCUAAUGUUGAAGCUAUUCGCGGAAAGGGUCGAUACGAUCGGUAUCGAUACCUCCAUCGCAGGGAACGUUAUGAAUGGCUUCUUGCCGGUGGAUACAAUGAAGAGUGUGCUACUUGGGGCGACGGGUGAGAAGAUUUUAAUUCCAGUAAUUUGCGGCAAGAACCACUGGUGUUCAAUCAUGAUAGACCUGACAUGCAAGGACGUGUUAAUCUACGAUCCGACGAAUUCAAGCUAUGGAUCAAAAGUUCGACCCCUCGCUGACAAGUUGGUGACAAUGCUGCCAGAUUUUGCUCCAAGAAAGUACCGAGUUCGACUGUAUCUUAGUGAGCUUGGAGUGCAGGUCGACAGCUACAAUUGUGGCAUGUAUAUGCUGUUAGCUUUUGAGGUUUUUGCUGGCGCCAAUACUCUCAGUCUACUGAGUAGAAAGGAGCUUCAGUACCUUCGCUAUCGAUACCUUUGCAUGUGCAUUUAA